AUGGCCCACUUUACUCACAACAUUCGUCCGGCAUCAUCAACACGUCCCGAGUACUGGAUGCACCGAUACCUGCUUGACCUCCAACGAAACCCAUCGCCCAUAUACUCUGCCGGGGUGGAGGCGGAGGACGUGUAUGUGUGGGCGGUGACCAUCACCGGUCCGCCGAGAACUCCCUACGAAGGGGGUGUCUUCUUUCCCCGCAUCAUCUUCCCCCCGGAUUUCCCUUGGAAGCCACCGAAGUGCAUCGCGACAUCUGUGGCCCAGAUGCUGAUGAGUCUGGCCCAAAUGCUAUUGCAUCCGCUGGUGGCGGAAGGCGACGUCGUGAGGGAGGAGGUGGCGGUGAUGUAUCGGGAAGACUGGACAAGCUACGAGGAACUCGCACGUAGCUUCACCAAGAUCCACGUCAUGGAUGGUUAA